GUUGAGACCCCAAAGACAGAAGGUGAAUUAGACUGCCAGCAUGAUGCAAGCUCUGCAAAAGUGUCCGCUUUUUUAUCUCCUGACAUGUCUUGCACUUCAUGCUCUGGGGAGUGAGAUCAUAAAUGGUAAAAAAGUCAGAGAGGAAGAGAUGCAGUACAUGGCCUCCUUGCAGGAUGGUGCAGAUAAUCAUGUAUGUGGAGGAUUUCUCAUCAGUGAGGACUUCGUACUCACUGCUGCACACUGUCAGGUUGGGACCACAAGUGUGGUUCUCGGCACCCACAAUCUCAUGAAGGUUGAUAACAAAAUGAUGAGAUUCAGGGUAAAGACAUGCAAGCAUCCAUCCUAUAACAAUGCGAGCAGUGGCAAUGACAUCAUGCUCCUCCAAUUGUUAAAGAAAGCUCAACGGAUCAAAAAUGUGAAACUGAUUCAACUUCCAACGUCUGACAUUCAAAUCAAAGACAACGCAACGUGCCAUGUGGCUGGAUGGGGUUUCACAAAAACUGGUGGUGAAACUGUUAAUGUGCUUGAAGUGGUGGAUGUGAACGUCACUAACCUGGAGAUUUGUAAGAGAGAGUGGAAGGCCGAUAAAGUUGAACUUCCUGCCAAUGUUAUUUGUGCAGGCGGUUAUGAGACAGAUAAAGGAUUCUGCAAGUAUGAUUCUGGUGGCCCUCUGGUGUGUGGCGAGAAGGCUGUUGGUAUUGUGUCUUUCAACAGGCGGGAAAACUGUAAUUACCCAGAUGAUCCGAACGUCUAUACAGACAUAUCCAAAUACCUUCCCUGGAUCAAAGAGAUACUCGAGAAGAAACGCUGUUAAAUGUAACGAUUCAGCAUCAUCUUAUUGGGGGGUUUUGUAUCUCCAUUGCUUGCCAUAGUCUCCACUCAGCAACUGUUUGAUUGAAACUGUAGACUUCAAACUUACUUUUUAUUUACAACUUGUACUCUCUUCUAAUGAUCAUGACUUGGCUGUAUAUUUCAUCUGAAAACUGUUGGUCAAUCUGCUGUAAGUGUUCUCAUUUUAGAAAGUGUCUUUUACUUUAGAAUACCUAUACAUGUAAAUCAUUUUCAUCUUUUUCUCACUGUGGAUGUAUUACUGUUUUAGUAAUUUUCUUGUGUUUGCUCCUUAUCUGAAAUGCUGAAAAAUAACUUCAAUUUUCAAUGUAAGUUUAAAUAAAUUCUU